AAACUGUAGGGUUGUGUAGUUAAUUUCGUUGUUGUUUAGCAAGUGAGCCAACCUUGUUAAUUCAACCAUGAGUGAACCCCGACAGAGCUCAAAUGCAACGCUGUGGUACCAAAUACGCGGUUAACCGGAAAGCAUUUCUAAGCCAACUACAAGAUCAACAUAACAAAUGGCAAAAGGACAAAGAGGAAAAUCUGAGCCAAGGAAUGAAAUUUUCCUACAGUGGUAGCACAAAAAGAAAAGAAAGUACAAAAACAAUAAACUUGUUGUACAGCUGCCGCCAAGACGUCUUAUCCAUAGGUACAACAAAAAGAAUUACGCAGUAUUAGACAAAAAGCUGAGCUAGGCUAAGUUUGAGACGGGCACAAGCUUGUGGCCUAGGCUUUGUCCUUUUAAAAAAGUCAAAACCAAUUUUCAUAAAAGAAUUUGUGAAUCUGUUCAUUAAAAAAUUGGGUUAAUUUUAAGAUAAUGGCUACACCACAACAAAAUACCAGAAUUGCGUUAUCUGAUCGCUUGGAAGGCCUGCGAGUGGCCACUACACCGACGCAAGCCAAUAGACCCAGUGAUCCAGUGCCAGCCUCUAUAUUUGCCUCAACUCUAGUUGACAACAUCACAAAUGUUGCUUUGGCUCAAGACUAUGAGAGUCUCAUACCAUCACCAGAUGAAUUAAUUAUACGCCAAAGAGGAAAGCGAAGACCUUUAACGGAUUGGACACCGGAGCAAGCAGCAUCCAUCAAUUACACACGUCACCCCUUCCAACGUACCCCCACUAAAAUGCCAUUGAAUACAAAUAUGAUCUUGAGAAGUUCACCACGUAAACGUCUAUCUAUGGGUAGUACACCACCUGAACCAAUGCUGGCAUCGUUAAAUUCUCCUCACAAAGUCAGUGCAAAACAGCAGUUGUGGCCCGGAUCACCAAUUGUGAAAAAAAUACGUUUGGGGGAUGAACAAAAGCCUAUGGCACAAACCAGUGAUGAAAUUCCAUUGGCAAAGGUUUUACAGGGUUUGUCACAACAACAAUUAAUUGAUUUGAUAAUGGACAAGAUGGCAAAUGAUACUAAAGCAGAAGCGGAAUUAAGAUCACAUCUACCAAUACCAGAUAUUGAAAAAUUGGAGCAGGAACUCCUACACGCCAAGCGUAUGAUUUUCAAGUCGCUCCCCACAUCACGUCUUUGCAAGAAAACGGAUAGCACAGCUUUUGCACGAGCUUCUUUGCAUCUAAUGGAGUUUAAGCGCUUGCUAACAAAUCACACGAAACAGUUGAAUGAUUCGGGCCACUAUGAUGCGCUAUUGGAUUAUGUUUUUAUGGCUUGGCAAUAUGUGAGAGCAACACCCAAUUGGGAUAACAUCACACACAAUAAUGUACGCAAACAAUGCUUUAAAGUUCUUACAUGCAGCUGUAUGGCAGCCAUAAAAUCUGGUGGCUUACGUUUGGGCACUAAUCGUAUUCAAACACUGGAAAAGAAUUUACAUGAUUGGUCGCAAGAUUACGAGGAUGUGAUGUCCUGUGUGAAUACAAUAAACAAGACCCUCUCAAAAGGACGCACGAGCCUCUAAACCCUAUGAAACUCAAAAGACAUAAGGGUCGAUUAAUUUUGUUGAUACUCUUGUACAUGGUUUUUUUAUAAAUAAUAACUGAUACAAUCCAUUUAUUCAUAAGUUGUAAUAACAUACGUUGUAAUAGCAGCUUAUUUAAGUUUACGAAAUCAUAAUCCAAUGAUUUUUUUUAUCAAAACUAAGACCUGCAUUAUUUGCUGUUAUUUUUUAAAAAUACCUACACUAUUUCCCGUUAGUUUUCGAAUAUUUUCGAUUUUUACGUGUAUCUUAAUUUACGAAUUCAUGCCAUAUUAUUUUGUAAUUUUAAAUAUUUGUUAAUUUUAAGAUUUUACCAGACGACUUUAACUAUUUCCCGACAUUUUAUGGUAUAUUCACAAAUACCCUCUUCGAAGAACGUGACAAUCGUUUGCCAUUCGCUAUACCAAAAAAACAAACUAAAUCUUUGAAGUAUCUUUCAUUUGAUUUAAUUUAAACGAGUAUUAUUUGUUAUUUUUUUAUUAUUAUUUUAUUUUAAUUGAGCUAUUUUGGUUUUUUUUUGUGUACCCGAGUAAAAAAAAGAUGAUAUGAUCAGAUCUAAUUAUAUCUGGCGUCAUAUAAAAUUGGAUCCGCAAAGUGGUUAUAUAUAAUUGGAUCUAAUUAGAUCAAAUUAGGUCUAAUUUGAUACAAUCUGAUACAAUUAAAUCUAAUUUUAUCUCGAAUUUGUCCCAAAUAUAAUCUCCCCGACCCAAGUAAAAAAUAAUAAUAUGGUCAGAUCCAAAGAUAUCUGUCAUCAGAUAUAUUUGGAUCAAACUAUGUCUAGUUAGAUAAAAUUAGAUAUAAUAAGAUUCAAUUUGAUCUCAGAUUUGUUUCAAAUUUUCAUCUUUCUUACUAGGGUCAUAAUUUCUUAGGCUAUAUAUCCGGUUUUAACCCAUUAAAAGCAGAAAAAAUAUUAGAACUCGUAAAUAAAUGUAUUCCAAAUAUAAA